AUGGCAUCAAAGAAGACACAACUAAAAAUAAUUAUCCUCGGCGACUCAGGAGUCGGAAAAACAUCGUUACUAAAUCGAUUUGUUGAAACCAAAUUCACACAGCUUUAUCGAGCCACAAUUGGUGCUGAUUUCUUGAUGAAAGAAAUUGAAGUCGAAGGCCAAACCGUAAAUUUACAACUUUGGGAUACAGCUGGCCAAGAGCGAUUCCAAUCAUUAGGGAUGAGUUUUUACAGAGGCGCCGACUGUUGUCUCUUAGUUUAUGAUAUGACUAACCAAAAAACCUUUGAGAGCUUAGGAAGCUGGAAAGACGAAUUUCUUAAAGCUUCUUGUCCAGAUGACCCUAAAACUUUUCCUUUUAUUGUGAUUGGAAAUAAAUGUGACAGGGAAAUUGACAGAGCUAUUUCAUAUAAUCGAGCUCAGCAGUGGGCGAAUUCUAAUGAUGUUGUUUUCCUUGAGACCUCAGCAAAAGAUGACCUGAAUGUAAACGAAGCUUUUAUUGAAGGCGCAAGAAAGGCUAUGAAGCGUGAACAAAAAAACCAGUUUAUAUUAAAUACUGCAGUAAACCUAAAAGCUGCAAGCCCAGUAAAGAAAAAGAAGACAAAAUGUUGUUAG